CUGGAGAGUCGGCAGCAUCGUCGCCACUCCUCCUGCAGGAAGGGCGGAUAGCUCGCUGGCUAGCUGCACUCAGCCCAACGAUGGCAGUCAACCUCAGCAAAAAUGGCCCGGCAAUAACAGCGGCAUAUAAAGAGGUAGUGGAUGAAAAAUCAAGCACCAACUGGGCCUUGUUCACAUAUGAGGGAAACAGUAAUGACAUCCGCUUGGCAGACAAAGGAGAUGGAGGACUGGAGGAGCUGGUUGAGGAGCUUAACAGUGGAAAAGUGAUGUACGCUUUCUGCCGGGUCCAGGAUCCCAACUCUGGCCUGCCCAAAUACGUCCUGAUCAACUAUACUGGUGAAGGAGUAAAGGAUGCCAGAAAGGGACUUUGUGCAAAUCAUGUCAGCUCCAUGGCCAAUUUCCUUAAGGGGGCCCAUAUUACAGUUAAUGCCAGAGCAGACGAGGACGUGGAGCCCGAGGUGGUCAUGCAGAAGGUGGCUAAAGCCUCAGGAGCCAACUACAGCUUCCAUAAAGAAACUUCCAGCCGCUUCCAGGACAGUGGCCCUCAGGGACCUGUGGGCUCAGUGUACCAGAAAACCAACGCUAUGUCAGAAAUCAAGAAGACGAAUAAAGACAACUUCUGGGCACAGGCAGAAAAAGAAGAGGAGAGGCGUCGACAAGAGGAGCGGCGCAAGGCUGAGGAGGACCGGCAGCAGGUGGAAAAAGAGAGGAAAGAUAGAGAGGCCAAGGAGGCAGUAGUGAGAGAGAAAAAAGACAAGGAGAGAUCCUCUCAAAUCGAGGAACAGAAAAAGUACCAGCAAAAGCUUGAGGCUGAAAGUAAAGAGCAGGAGAAGCAGCAAUGGGAAGCGCAGCAGCAGAACCAGGCAGCUCAGACCAAAGCAGGCAAGAGAGGCGAGUCUGUGGCCAAGGCUAAUGAAGCAGCCUCUCUCAUCUCUCAGCGUAGUGUAAACCCCAGGGAGAUGUUCAAGCAGAGGGAGCGGGGAAUGACUCCCAGUGACUCUGAGAUGCCGCCUGUUGCCCCCGCUAGUCCUCAGCCAGGGCGUCUUCAAAGCCCUUUUCUGUCUAAGCCAGUGUAUGAUUCUGAGCGAGCCAGCUCACCUCAGCGCCAAGCCGCUUCUUCUGCUGUACCAGCACGCUCCACCUCUCCUGUCCAUGCCACAGAGCCUGAAGUGGAUGAGGGCCAGUCCAGGUGUGAGUAUGAUGACCAGGAGGCCGCGUCCCAGGAGGACAAGAAAGAGGAAGCACCGGUUGCCGACUCGUACACCAAAGAGACAGUUGACGAAGAACCUGCUCAGGUGGAGGAAAAUAACUCCUAUGAGGAGACGGCAGCAGAAACAUCCGAUAGAGGGAUCUGUGCCAGAGCUUUAUAUGACUAUCAGGCUGCUGAUGACACUGAGAUCUCCUUUGAUCCCGAUGAAAUCAUCACCGGAAUCGAGAUGAUAGAUGAGGGAUGGUGGCGAGGAUACGGCACCAGUGGCCAUUUUGGAAUGUUUCCAGCCAAUUACGUGGAGCUUAUUUAGGCUUGUGCUCACGCCGCUCUUCUCCCACGUCAUCGGGUAACGAGCCCAGAGGGACCACACAGCGACAUCGGGCCUCACAAACAGAUGAGGCUGAAAAGGAUCAAACAAGUCUACAUUGUGGACCAACAAACAUUGGUGGUUAUCCUGGUCCAAGAACUUCUGAAACUCCUCCUCAUUUCAAGAAAGUUAUUUCAUUAAAUUGUUGGUGGUUCGAAGCAGCUAAUGUCAUAGUGUAAGGAUCCAUAGGCUGACUAGAACGUCUCCAGUCCCUUGCCUGCCACUAGUAAGUCCUAUAAAUGUGAUGCAGCGCAAGUCUUGAUUUCACUUCUGAGCAUUCAUAGUACUUCUAGUUCACAUUCCUUACAAAGUGGUUUUGGUUGUAUUUCAGGUAGAAUUUAUUUGUUAUUGUAGCAGUUUUUCCUGUCCAUUCCAGGAAAGAAAAAAAAAAGAUGGUAUUACCAGUUUGAACCUAAUCUUUUGCCUUUUUUUUUUUUUUUUGCCUUUUCUUUACCGGCAGACUGAAUUAUCAUGUUUUGUGAUUGAACCUUUAUCCUGUGUGACUUUCAAGCCUGUGCUGAUCCAACUGUGGUUGAAGUGAAAAUGUAAACGGAUCAUGUUUGCCGUGCUCUGAGUUGUUGACAAAUAGGGCAAAGCAUAAAAUGAUCAAGUUCCUUUUUGACUCAGUAAAUGUCUUUUUUUUUUUUUUUUUUUAAAUUUCAAGUCCUUCCUCAUUUGAACCACAUUUCAACAUCCUCUAACUUUUCAGGGACACGCUGAUAAGAAUAAUCAAGUCAGCAUUCAUUUAUUUUUCUUCAUUUGAAUUUGAGGUUGAAGUUGAGUUUGUGUAAGAGACCUCUUACAACUAAUAUUUGUUACUAUGGUGCCAUUACGAGGAGGUAAAAAUGCAGUAAGAUUCCCUUGCAGAUGAUUGGUGUCAUUUUAAUUUCACACUUGAACAUUCACAGUAGACAUGCAAGUUAAUUGGUUUUAUUGUGAAAGAAAAAUGAUAGCUCUUUAAAGCUUUGAAGUCAGUUGACAAAAGGAAAAACUGAUGGUAUAGAUAUUAAAAAAGGGGCAUUGCUAUCCAUUGUAUUAUCUAUUGUUUUUCCAGAAUCUAUUGUAAUGCUCACAUUCUUCAUAAUAAAAUAAAUACGCAAGCUGA